AUUUUCUACAGUCCAGAGAUAACCCGAAAAAAAUGGACCCCAAGAAAACGAUAACCUGGUUUCUCGGCCUGCCAUCAGUGCGCUAUGCGCAGAUCUUUAUCGUGGUGGCCGGCGAUCUGCUGGCCCUGUCCAAUCUGUAUCCCAAGCACUCGAGGUAUAUUGCGCAUCCAUUCCUACUCUGGCAGGAUAUACAGGAGGAGGACGAACGUUCCCUGGACUCACCUCAGAAGUUCUAACAAAUAUAUAUUUUUUAACGUGCGUGGGAGACGUUUUAUUGCCCCCAACGAUUUUUGACCAGACCAACCUUGAGUUUCAAUGCCAAUGCCAGGCCCAUGACGUCACUUGUAUCUGGCUGCCUCUUGCUGGUUAAAUAUACUGAAUAUUUUGUACAUAAGUAUACAUAUAUGUAUGUGUGUCGGUGUGUCUCUGUAGGUGCCUUGGUAAACACCUCGUUCUCGUUUUGUUAGCUGCAGUUCAGAACGCCGAGUGCCUGUGAGCCUCUUCAAAUGCCCGGCCAAAUUAACCCGACUCCUCAUUAA